AUGGCUUCAGCGAAAUUGGUGGUUUUUUCUGGUCUAUUAGCCGUUAUGGCUGCCAAUUGCUUGGCAGGACUCCUAGAUGAUGUUAUACCCACCAUCAUAACUGAGUUCUACAGUCAGGCUCCAACUAAGGAGGGAUACCGCUUUAAUUCUGAGGAUCCCAAUGGCAGCAAACGGGAGGAAGUGGGGAUGAUCCUGAACCCCGGCACUGAAAAAGAGGAAGUGGUCGUGAUGGGCUCCUACUCCACCUAUGACGAGAAGUCAGAUACGGACACCGUCACCAUGUACACUGCGGACAAAAAUGGAUACAAGGCGCGUUAUCAAAUCAAGAACAGGAAACUGAGUCCUGGAGCGCUCAAGAGUGCGGCAGGAUAA